AAUUACAACGACUCGCUUAGUGCAGGGAGAAAAUAUCCCGGAAAAGGCUUGUGCUCUCUCUUUCUCUCUCUCUCUCUCUCUCUCUGGAAGAAAUCCUUUUUCGAAUUCUCGCGUUUACACGACGAAGCGUUUUACGAUAACACAUUGUUUCUGAGUAGGGGGCGUAGAAUUUCACGAGAAUUUAUCAGUUCCACAAAUGUUGUCGACAGCCUACCGAUACCCGGUUGUGCAAUCGACAAAUAACGCGCGCGGGACCGAUGAUUUAGGGAUCGGAGCAAUCAGCAGGCUUUGUAUGCACGGCGCUUCGUUUACUCUGGUAAUGUGAAUAUCGGCUCUGUAUUACUGCAAAAUCUUCCCAGCGAUCACUGGCGAAUCAGCGGACGCUAAACGUUUCGGGCGAUUGAAAUUUGCGUCCGAUUGAAUUUUCAGACUAGGAUCAAUUCGCGUCUAAAUUAUGGCACAUUCGCGCGCAAUCGUGGCGACACCGAGACUAGACGACGACGACGACAACGACGCCAGCGCACAUCUCUUUUCUUGCGUUUCGUAUUAAAACGAACGCGGAAAUGACGUCUCGCUUCAUGAAUAUUGCAACACGCGCCAACCAUACCUCUGCAAUCGGUUACUUUCGUAAUCGCUCUCCGGUAUUUGUAAGCAAUGUCGACGCGUCAAUCGCCUUGUGGGCCAUUCCCGUUACCGUGACAUAAAUUAAUCGCCAUCGCGAUUUUUCCGCCGUCGUCUAACGGAAAGAAGGACAUUCGGAGGAAGUCUAACAUGCCAAUAAUCGUCAUCUUAUCGAUUCUCGGAUAGGAUUAUUAUGUCCCGCAAUGCAGGAUAGAAGCGAUAACCUGAUUUAUCUUAUCGAACAUUUAAUAUAUCUGUUUAGUGUAAACUAGAAGGAGGAUUUGGUAACAAGUUCCAAAAUUUUAUUGAUAUAUGUCCACCGAAUAUUUGAUCACUGCAACAACAAAAUUUAGUUCCGUAUAUUGCAGUGUAGUUCUGCACACUGUAUGUACAGUAUACAAUAUAUAUUUACAAAGUUUCUCGAAUUAUAUUGCGCGUCAAAUAUUUUUCUAUCUCCCAUAUAUACUACGACGGGAGAGAAACCGCACGUUCUUUCCGUGAACAAUACGGCUAACCGCAAUUUCCUAGAAAGAUACUUUAUCGUUGACAUUACUCGUUUAAUAUUGCAUUUUACAUUAUAGCAAUGCAAAAAAAAAACACGGACGCAUUUAUCUCGAUUGGACGUGAGUUUUCGCGCAGCCGAGACACGGGACAUUAAGAAAACCAUUUGAUAAAAAGCCGAACGACAACGCGUAAUAUAUGUACGAGGAGCGAUGAUCGAUAUCGUCUAGACGAAACCUUUUGGAGGGUGAAUUCGGUGAGAGUUUCCAAGUGUUCAGCGCGCUUUAGUGUUCUACGUUUCCGCUUGACGUUCGAUUGUAGCGUCUCAUAUAUGAGAAGACGCGAGAGGGAGGGUUAGAAAUAGAUACUCUAAAGUGUUUUCUGGCAACAUCCGCUGGGGGACUUGAUAUUUCUCCGGUAUGGAGAGCCACGUGGCUACAUGGUGGAGCAGAAGCGAUACACAGAAGUUAUUUUGGCCAUUAUAAAUUGAACAACUCGGCAAACGUGUACCGAUCGUCGUAUUAAUCUCGGAUUGACUUGCCGAGGGGUCAGGGUUCACCCUCACCAAUCUCUAUUAUUUUAGGAUCAAGGGGUUAUCGUACAUGUAGAUCACGUGUGCUCUGUUUUUCUGUCGUAUCUUUAAUUCAUUCCAAUUUCCUUUCGGUUUAUUUUAUUUUCAAAAAAGGUGCCGCCGUCUCUUCGUCACGGUGUUUGUUUCGCAGUUUUAACCAGCGUGUACGAGAGCGCGUGUCUCACCUCACGCUCACCCGCGUAUUACGAGGACUCGGUAACGUGGAAAGAUUUUCCAGCGUCUGUAAACCUAUUCAUUAUACUACUUGCAGACCAGAAUCCGCUGUAUAUGAUGAAAGGGGCUUAUUAGUAUGCUGGAUAAGCGGCGGCUUCAUGCCUCCGGUACGUCGCCAUGCACCCUCAUCUUCGUGGUCGUUUUGGCACUAACUGGAUGCGUCUCGUUUUGGAUCCAUAUCGAUGGCUCAGGAUCGCCGAUACCGUACUCAGGCGUCGGUGUGGCCGCGCCCGGGUAUACCCUUAUAUAUCCCGGCAACGUCACCACGCUGUCGCCGCAGCCCUACUCGAUAAACGAACUUCCGUCCGAUGACAAAUCCACGCUAAUCAACAUCAAGGACUUCAGGUUUACCAUCAACCACAGUCCGUGCAAUCGCACGCAGCCGUUGCUGCUGAUGCUGGUGCACUCGGCGCCGGAGAAUUUUCUCAAGAGGCACGUCGUACGGGAGACCUGGGGUCAGCAAACGCCGGACGUGACUUUAUUAUUUCUCGUGGGACACUCGGCGAAGUAUCAGUCCAAGCUCGAGGAGGAGAACAAGAAAUACCAAGACUUAAUACAGGGAAACUUUCUCGAUGCCUACAGAAAUAUGACUUACAAGCACGUUAUGGGAUUAAAGUGGGCUACUUAUUAUUGUCCAAGUGCCAAAUAUAUACUUAAAUUAGACGACGACGUUUUCGUUCAUUUACCGGCCAUGCUGGACUUUCUCACGCAUGACCUGUCGCCCUGGGGUGCAAGACGUCUGAUUCUCUGUGAUCUUCUGUCGGCUUCCGCGGUAAAGAGGUCCUGGCGCUCGAAAUGGCGGGUCUCCCCCCAGGAGUACCCCGGUAGACUUUAUCCCGCGUACUGUGCCGGAUGGGCGAUCCUCUACUCGCCCGAUAGUGUAUUUAUACUGUACCGUGAGGCCCAGAAGGAGCCGUAUUUCUGGAUCGACGACGUGCACAUUACCGGGACACUGGCUAGGAAAGUAAAUCUAACGCAAACCUCACUACACUCUUGGGUGUUGACGAGCAAGAGCAUGCGGGACCUGCUGUCGAAGCCGGGCGCCCGACGGGAUUUUCUGUUCGGGCCUCCGGACUUAACGGAGAGCGGAAUACGAGCCUUACAUAGUUUGGUUACUAAACCACGGCCUAGCAGCGAAAGCCUAUUGAACUAACGUCUAAUAGAACAAUUUCGUUUAUAUGUAAUAUCGGUCACCGCCGUAACCGCCGCGACCGAGUCACAGGGUGGGAGAUGAUAUCGAGGCGCGAAGGAAGCGAAGCGGUCGAGCGGAUUCAGCAGGACGCGCUCUCUGUGCUACUUUCCGCAUAUGAUAUUAAUUCCGCAUCAGUACGCCCCGCGCAGAUGUCGUCGUUUUCGACACGUUUCAGCGACGGUGUUCGAUUAUUAGCACAAUGUACAAACGCCAUGCUACGCAUAAUAUGUGACAUGAUGGUGCGUUACGCGACACGUGUGUUGCGCGCAGUGAACGCGCAUGCGUGUGCGUAACAGACUAUUGUGGUGUGAGAUUUCGUCUGAUUUCUCGAUAUUAUUUACGUCUCGAUAUUAUUACGUCGGAUCACUCAAACUGUUUACUUCGGUUUCUACUCGCUCAUCUAGUUUUUAAUUUUAAGCAUUCGUUCCGCCUUUAAAAACGUUAUUCUGGACUGUGUUAUUCAACAUAAUCGGGGCUCGUGAGCGCGAAAGUUUCUUUUAAUACUCUUUUCCUUCAGAACGUCGGCGUUGUGUUACUUUUAUGCCGUAUAGUAUUUUCUGAAUCUCCGAUUAUUCGAGCGACCGUCGCAUCGCUGCACGGAAGUGAGAAUAAUACGUCACUUGGUACUUUUCAUCCGUUUUCUUGUGUAUACAAAAUCGGUGUAGAACGCACAUGUACGCACGCACACAUAGCUUAUGAGAGCACACGAGACAGCUCACGAGCCCUGAUUAUUGCAAUUACACAAAUCUCAAGGUGAAUCUCAAGAGGUCCGUUUAUAGUCCAGGAUACGAAUUCGUUGCUAAGAAGGGAGGAGAAAGAGAGAUCGGAUAUUUUUUUAUUUACACUUACGAAAAUGCCAACGGUGCGAAGGUGUUUUAGCAUUAGUACAUAUUAAAGACGGCGAAAUUAUAACGCGAAACUUACCGUGCAUCUCGCGCGAUCGAAAUGUCCUUCCUCUCGCGACGACGACGACCACGAUGAUGACGGAUAUGCGAGGAAGGGAAUGUUGAUUUUAAUCGCGCCAAUUUUCCCGUCAGUCGCCGACAAGCGAGGGGCGGGAGUCGAGGGGGAGGUUCUCGUUCUCGCGAAGCCACACUUGUGAAUGUACUUAAAUGUAAUGUAAUGACGGACAAGUUUAUGAUAUUACAUUGUUACGCAAAGAAGCAUUAAAACGAAUCGAAUUAAUACUGUUACGUAGCAACAAGUACAACCCCGAAACAAGGGUCCACUCGCAACUAGAUUACAGAGAUCGCUGAUAUCUGUCCGUGUUUUUGAAUGUCUAUAGAUUUUUUAUCCGUGAAUCCGUUGGAUUAAAUACCCCGAUUGUUCCGGUACGAUGAGGGAGGAGUAUGUGCCUGCAAAUUGUACUAAAAAGAAAAGAAGAAAAACGUGCCGAGCGCGAAGAGACGGUCGCGCGCUAGCUCUUAGUUAACUGGCGAUUUCGUUAGGAUCGAUGUGACGUCGAUGUGACGACGAAUAACCAUAACCGGUGUAAUGUCACCUCGCAUACUGUACUGUGUCGCGUUUUCUAUCUCUGAGAUACAACGAAUGCGUCUACGUCUCCACAAGGAGACACAUACACACACAUACACACCCGCAUACAUACGAGAUUCUAGCUCGCCGCAAAAAGCGCGACGCCCCACCGUUCGAGGCCGCAUUUUCUCUCUCUCGCGAUCGCGCGCACGCGAUGAAACGGGNGGGGGGGGGGGGGGGGGAGACGAAGCAUACUCGGGCUCCGCCGUCGUUACUUCAAGUACGCCAAGCGAAUUAUGAUCGUGAACAGUGAACGAUGUGUUCGCACUCGAUUAUAGUCGAUAAUACGAUCCGGUGGCUGUUAGUUACUGAAUACGUCACAUACGCAUUGUCUCGCUCCAUAUGAAUAUUCUCAAACUUUUUUACUCGUGUACCGUCGUUCAAUUCUGUUCUUUCCUUUUUUAUUUUCCCUUCAUGUAGAGAGAAGAAUCAUGCUCAUCGUGUGUCAUUGUUUCGGGAUGGAAGUAUCUCUAUUGCGACGUCGUCAACGUACGAGAUUGCGUAGCAUAAUAUAACAUAAUCUUUGUGAUGAAGUAAAUACUGAUAAUUUCAAUAAACGAUGGAUUAUUUCAAUUAUA